AUGGAGCCAGAACAAGGUGAAUCGACAACUAUCGAUAAUCUCAGUGAAGUACAGAUAAGUGCCGUAUCACCUCUGAUGACCGACGUUGUUGAUCAACUUGAUCAAACGAGGACAAGUUGGUUUGAAACUUCUCAAAGACCUCCUACUUACCUCAACAUGGUUGAAGAUACGAAUGCUCAAGGGCAGAUCGCAACUGCCUUAGCAGCAAGUACGAUCGAUCAUUUUUGUCGUAAUGCUCAUACCUACGAGAAGGUACGGGAAGGUACAACCGAAGAGUUUGCAAAUUAUCAAUCUGCGCUUGUUGAUACUAUCAGGCUUGAAGAUAUUGAUAUAGGAAUGAACUGA